AUGCAUUUCAACUUGAACAUCGUGCUCAUCACGGCGGCCAUCCUAGCCCAAGCUGAGGGUGGCUUGAUCGGCGACCGCCAGGCAACCUGCAAAAACUGCCCCCUGAACCCCGGAAACGUUGUCAAGCAGAUCUUCGAGAUGGUCACCAACCGACAAUCUCACACAGACUGCAGAUGGGAAGCCACAUUUGGCCUUCCCGAGGACUUGGGAGGCCCUGAGAAGCCCAGCUACGAUCAUCUGAUUCGCGUCAACUACAACGAGAAGGACAACACCUGCUCCGUCGAAACCAACAACCGCGUCGAGGCCAUGGGCGACAACAUCUACUGCAUCCAGGGCGGCUGCGGCAUCAAGGAGGUCACGGAUACCCACGCCGUCGUGGCCUGGGGCGCUUGCGUCAUCAAGGACACCGUCAACUUCACCCCGGACCAGGCCAUGGGAACCCGCGAGUGCACCGACGCUCAGGGCGAGAUCAAGUUUGCGAGGUUCCACGACAGCGACCACUGCGACGGGUCGGAGAUGCUGAGUGCGAGCGUUGGAGGGCGGGAUCACAGGGAUUUCUCACCUACUGAGAGAUCUGGAGGUUCUUUCUGGGGAGGCGUCGUCACUUUCUGCAGUGCUCUCAGCAACGGCUCUUGA